AUGGAAAUAGAAGUCAAAGGUUUCGACUUGGGAGGGGGUGAUGAAGAAACUUUUAAUGUGAUAUUUGAUAAAAUGAAAAAGGAGUGUUUUAACGAUCUCGUGAGUCCCGCUUUAUAUUUCACUCAACCAUAUGAACUACUCCGGUUAUUUGAAGGGAUUGAAAAACAACAGUUGAGUUAUUUAGAAUAUGUUACGCAUUUAGCCCCAAUGCUAAAACAAGCCAGAGAGGAAAGCAAAUUACUGAAAAAUAGUAUUAUUCAGGAUAACGCGUUAGUUUUGAACACCAUUAAGUCUCUCGAGGCUAUUCUAAAGUUCAAUGAAGUAAGAUGUGCACAACUGGAAACCAAGUUUUUUAAAAUAAUAAACGGACUGUUUUAUGCCAGUGUGGGUGCACCAGAAGUGAUAAAUAUGUUUUUGGAUUUAGAAUAUUGCUAUGGAAAAUUAUAUUCGGAAAAACCAAUAAACUCAGAUUUAAUUACGUUAGCGAAAGACCUGGAAUCAUUUUACAUGUAUUAUUGGAAGUGUUUAGAUGCAAUACUUAGUGACAAAACAAAUAUUCAGAAAGCUGUCACACAAUACGAGGAAAUACAACGUAAAAAAUUUCGACGAGCCAAAUUUGCGAAGAGAGAACUUUGUGAAUUUGAGCGUUUGAAAAGAAGUCUAAUAAGGGCUUUUGAGCCACCUUCUUCCAGAGCCGGAGUUCUUCAUAACCGUACAGUGAGUGAAAACAAUAGACCAUGUUUUAAGUUAAAUAAGGCGGUGAAACCCAACAAGCUUAAAAAGAAACAUUCAGGACAAGAUUUUAGUAAAACCACUCCUAUAAAGACGUUGACUGCCUCAGAAUUGGAGUAUUUAGAAUUAUUUACAGAAUGGACUUGUGACGAGGAUCCAUACAAAUAUUUACAUUCAGAUUCUGUGUAUGAAAUAAAACCCAUGUAG